AUGGCAGACAAAGUGGUCAAUCGGUCGGAGAUUCAACACCUUCCUAUCGAGACGGAAUCCCACGAUGUUGCCAGUCUCGACCUCAAAGGAGAGGGUCAGGAAAUCGACCCUGUACUUGAAAAGAAAUUGUUGCGCAAGGUCGACCUCAAUUUGGUUCCUAUGCUCUUCACGUUGUUCCUCUGCGCUUUUAUUGAUCGGAUCAAUAUCGGAAAUGCUCGCAUUCAGGGCCUCGAAAAAGAUCUCAACAUGACCGGCGACGACUACAAUAUCGCUCUUUUCAUGUUUUUCAUCCCUUAUAUCCUGUUUGAAGUACCCUCCAACAUAGUCCUGAAGAGGGUGCGUCCGUCCAUCUUUCUUCCGUGUAUCAUGAUCGGCUGGGGUGUCAUCACGGUCUGUCAAGGGGUCACCCAAUCGUUUGCGGGCCUCGUUGUCUGCCGAGUCAUCAUCGGUACGCUUGAGGCAGGUUUCUUUCCGGGAUGCUUGUAUCUCCUCUCCAUGUACUAUCGUCGACACGAGCUGCAGUGGAGAUUCAAUCUCUUCUUUUCUGCUUCGGUCGUCGCAGGGGCUUUCAGUGGUCUUCUUGCAUAUGCCAUCGCUCAUAUGGAUGGUAUCGCCGGAUAUGGAGGCUGGCGUUGGAUUUUCAUCAUCGAGGGUAUCGCCACCGUUAUCAUCGCCAUCGUUGCAUUGUGGAUCGUGCCGGACUGGCCAGCCACUUCCAAAUUUCUAACGACCAGCGAGCGAGAACUUCUUCUUCGCCGGCUAGUCAUCGACGUAGAGGGCGCAACCAUGGACCACUGGAAUAAAGCCACCGCAAAGCGUGUCUUUGCAGAUGUCAAGAUAUAUCUCGGCAUUGCCAUGUACCUGGGCAUAGUCACCACAGGCUAUGCUGGCUCCUUCUUUACUCCCACGAUUCUCAAACAACUGGGGUGGACAUCGAUUCGUGCCCAAGUCAUGUCAAUUCCCAUCUUCGCUUUUGCGACUGUGUGCACCUUGUGCGCAGCCAUUCUCAGUGACAAGCUACGCCAUCGCUUCGGUUUUAUUGUCUUUGGCUGUGUUAUGGCGACGAUCGGAUAUGUCAUCUUGCUCAACAUGCACAAAGUCGCAGUUGGAGCUCGAUACUUUGCAUUGUUCUGUGUCAUCGGUGGCGGGUACAUUGCUCAACCUGUCACCCUCGUCUGGGUGAACAACAACAUGUCUGGACACUAUAAGCGCUCGAUCAGCUCCGCAAUGAUGAUCGGCUGGGGCAAUACUGGAGGGAUCGUUGCAUCCAACAUGUUCAUCACCAGCCAGGCGCCGGAAUAUCCAUUGGGAUUCGGCCUAGGGUUGGGAUUGAUAUGGCUCUGUGUGAUCAGUUCUACCGCGUUUCUGUUCUAUGUCAGACGCGAGAACAAAAUGAGGAACGAAGGCGCAAGGGACCACAGGUAUAAUCUUCCUCAUGAUGAGAAGAGGAAUCUUGGAGAUGACCACCCUGGUUUCCGCUUUACAUAUUGA